AUGAAGAAGAGUGUUAGCAUCCAGAAGCUGGCUAGCCAAUACUUAAAGAAGGACUGGCUUGGAAUAAAAGCGGAUGAGCGAAGUGAUUACAGGAGCAUGUACUCCGUUUGGAAGUCACUCCUGGAAGGCACCAUGCAGGUGGCCCAAUCUCGGCUCAAUAUCUGCGAGAACUAUAAAAACUUAAUUUCAGAACCAGCCAGGACCGUAAGGUGCUUUAAGGAACAGCAAUUGAAAAAGUGUGUGGACCAGUUGACAAGGAUCCAAGCUGAAUUACAAGAGACAGUAAAAGACUUAGCUAAGGGCAAAAAGAAAUAUUUUGAGACUGAACAGAUGGCCCAAGCAGUGCGGGAGAAAGCUGAUAUUGAGGCCAAGUCCAAACUUAGUCUUUUCCAGUCAAGAAUAAGCUUGCAGAAGGCAAGUGUAAAGUUAAAAGCCCGCCGAUCCGAGUGCAAUUCCAAGGCUAUCCAUGCCAGGAAUGACUACCUGCUCACCUUAGCCGCUGCCAACGCGCACCAAGACCGCUAUUAUCAGACAGACCUAGUAAACAUUAUGAAGGCCCUGGAUGGAAACAUAUAUGAUCACCUUAAGGAUUAUUUAAUGGCGUUCAGCAGAACGGAACUAGAGACGUGUCAAGCUGUGCAAAACACCUUCCAGUUUCUCCUGGAGACUUCCAGCAGGGUGGUGCGGGAUUACAACCUGCAGCUCUUCCUGCAAGAAAACGCCGUGUUUCACAAGCCCCAGCCCUUCCAGUUCCAGCCCUGCGACAGCGACACCAGUUUUAACGCGGUGCAGCUGGUGGAUAUUGAGCCCUCUCCAGUCAGUGCUAUGAGAAUGACUAUAGCAGAGAGUCGCCAGCUGGAAUCGGAAACGGGAACAACCGAAGAGCACAGCCUCAACAAGGAGGCGCGGAAAUGGGCUACCCGCGUCGCCCGUGAACACAAGAACAUUGUCCACAAUCAGCGGACGCUCGAGGAGCUGGAGUGUCAUGGGCCUGUGAUGUCAGAGCAAACCCGUGCAGAACUGGAGCAGAAAAUAGAUGAAGCCAGAGAGAGUAUUCGCAAGGCUGAGAUUAUCAAGCUGAAAGCAGAAGCGCGGCUGGACCUGCUGAAGCAGAUCGGCGUCUCGGUGGACACGUGGCUCAAAAGUGCCAUGAACCAAGUGAUGGAGGAGCUGGAGAACGAGCGCUGGGCCAGCCUGCCCUCCGUGACCAACAACGGCUCCUCGCACCUGAUUAAUGCCGAUGCAGAGAAGGAAGAAGGCGAAGAGUUUGAGGACAGCAUGGAUGUCUAUGACGACAGCAGCUCUAGUCCUUCGGGUACCCUGAGGAAUUACCCUCUGACCUGCAAAGUYGUUUAUUCCUAUAAGGCUUCCCAGCCAGACGAACUGACCAUAGAAGAACACGAGGUGUUGGAGGUUAUUGAAGAUGGAGAUAUGGAAGACUGGGUGAAGGCACGAAAUAAAGCGGGACAAGUGGGUUACGUUCCGGAGAAGUACCUGCAGUUCCCAACGUCCAGCAGCCUGCUGAGCAUGCUGCAGUCCCUCGCGGCGCUGGAUAGUCGGUCCCACACCUCAAAUAACUCAACUGAGGCYGACCUAGUCUCGGGCAACCUAAACGGAGACUCCAGCGUCUGUUUUGUAAAAGCACUUUAUGAUUACGAGGGCCAGACGGACGAUGAGCUGUCCUUCCCCGAAGGAGCCAUCAUCCGCAUCUUGAACAAGGAGAAUCAGGAUGACGACGGCUUUUGGGAAGGGGAAUUCAACGGGCGUGUUGGGGUGUUCCCCUCUGUACUAGUUGAAGAACUGACAGCGGCAGAAAACGGAGAGACUCAGUGGAUUGGAGAUAUUCAGGUUUCCCCAACGCCCAAGCCGAACAACACGCUGCCGCCGCUGCCGCUCUACGACCAGCCGCCCACGAGCCCCUACCACAGUCCCGACAAAAGAGGCUCCCAGUUCUUCCCCAGGUCGCCCUCCACCAACGAAAACAGCUUCAGUUCGGAGUGCCCCGGCUUCUCGCAGCCUCCACGACUCCCUCCUGAGAGCUCCUAUGGGAAACUGCGGCCGGUGCGAGCAGCCCCGCCGCCCCCCACGCAGCACCACCGGCGGCCCGCGGAGAAGAUCGAGGACGUGGAAAUCACCCUGGUGUGAGUGCCCGCCUCCAGCCAAGGCCAAGGGCGGUGGUGGCUCSACGUCGUUUGGAGGCACCUUUGCAUGCCGAAGACUUUUCCCAGAGCGAGACAUCCGGGAGGAUUUGAUGUGACGCUGACAUGGUGGCCUCCUUCCCACGGUCAUGGCUAUUCCGUGCCUUUUUUUUUUCGUUGUUGUUGUCGUUCUGAUUUGAGCUGAUUUCUAUCGAUCAUUCUUCCUCUCUUAGCACAAACCAAGAUGGGCCAAACAGCGAGCGGAGAGUCGCCUCGGAGCGGGUUCCUCUCCGGGCUGGACACGGUCAUUUUUUAUAUGGAGGCUUCGGGAAGAGCCUCCCCCAUGCAACGUAGUCCUAGCAUAUUAUAUCACGUGCAUUAGUACAGUAUAUUACUGUUGCCAUAGGAAUGUGUUAAAGAUUGUCAAUCCUUGGAGUAGCAUUACUUGUCUGAUUAGGUAUUAAUCAGAUCUUAGGGAAUGAAAAAAAAAGGGAACUGGAGUAUAAGGAGUAUAAGGAGAGGCUGGCUCCUCUUGAAUCCCCCCGAAGAAGGAAGAAAAAGGAACAUAAUCGGAUAAGGAAAAGCGAUGCGGAUCAUAUGGCGUUGAUUACAUUAAUGCACACCUCGUCGGUGAUUACCCGUUAAGCAGAACUAAAUGUUCUUUGUAUUAAUAUUUAUGCAGUACAUUUAGUGAUAGAGUAUCUAAUACGGAGGUGCUGAGCUAGUAGCAACAUCUUGUUCCAUAGCGUAAACCAACUGGUAGAAAAAGUAAGUGAGAUUUUUGUCUAGAUCUGGAAAUUGAGCUUCUUUUUUU